CGAAGACGGCGGCCAAACCGUUGGUGGGGGGUGUCGUUUCCGCGCAACGAACCUUGCUUUGUUCGAGGCGGACACAACCACACCCUUUGCAACGGAAAUCAGUGUGGUUGUGCGUGAUGUGCGAAGAAGCAAGCAAAGAAGGCGCGCCUCUCAGCGUUUGUGUGAGUGUGUGUGUUGAGGUGAGGGUGGCGCAUUCACGGUGGCGCAUUCACGUCAACACAGGCAGCGUGCAGACUGAGAAUAACGGCAACGGCAACAAAGAGAGACAGACACCAGCCGAGAGAGGCAGCAGCGCGCCGUUUGCACCGUGACGAAGACUAAGAUGCUCAGAAUGCGGAGGAUGAGCACAACAGUGACAGCAACAGCAACAGCGGGAGGGCUGGCGCUGCUGCUGCUGGUGUCGGUGUCGGUGGUGUCGGUGGUGUCGGUGAUGGUUGGAGCGAGUGGUGCAGAGCAAGCAGGAGUUGAAACUACAAUGACUGGGGGCAGCUGUGAUGCAAGCAACCCUUCGUGUUCCACAACGAACCUCGCUCUUCGCCGUCGGGUCUGGAACCCACCAGAGCCACUGGGUCCACACGAGUCCAUGUACACAAAGGCCAGCGUGGCAGUGCAAAACUCUGGGGUGCUGCACGUGGUGGCUCGGCGCAGCCAGCUGGGCGACAACGAUGCAUGGGACGCGUUCACCGACUCGCUCGCCGUCCAAGGUCUCGAGGCAACCUAUGUCAGCGCAGGCGCGGGGCUCGGCAGCAAGGAGCUGCGCGACGUGGCUGAGCAGCUGGCCAACACCAACCCAAACGACGUCGUCCUCUUCAUCGGUGACGCAGAGGACACGGUGCUGUUGGCUGAGGCGACGGAGCUGACCCGCAAGUUCAACGCGCUGGAUUGCGGCAUCCUCUUCCCAGCCGCCAUCCGCUGCAAGCGCCGCUGCGCAAUGGACUGGCCCCUGGUGCCUGAGGGACAUGGGCGGUUCCUGGUGCCGUCUGCGUUUAUGGCAAAAGGCGACAAGUUCAAGCUGCUUGUGGACUCGUUCCCGGACCUCUCGACGGUGCCCAACAUGUCCGAGAGCGACCAGCUCAUCGCCCUCUUCAUGACAGACCGCGACUUUUACGGGAUGAAGCUCGACACAAACUUUGCCGUCUUCCAGCCGCUCUUUGGCUAUAAGGACGAGUGGCCUGCAGCGGUGUUUGCUGCGGAGUAUGAGUUCCACUCUGAGGAGGAUACGCGGCUGCGCAACAAGGACACCAGCGAGUACCCAGGCAUCCUCAUCAGCCACGGCAACACGAAGCUCCUCACACAGCUCAACAACUACAUGCCCCUCAAGUGGCAUCCUGAUACGCAGUCGCUGACGAGCAAGACGCUGGAGAGUGUGGACCCCAACGCCGCCGUCACCAUCGCAUUCAACGUCCUCCCAGAAUCGCCGUUCCUGCAGCUUGUGCUUGAUGGCAUUGCUGCGCAGGAUCUGCUGCGUACACAUCCCGUGACGUUUGUGGCCGCUGUUGUCGACAACCCGCACGCACACACAUACGUCGAGCUCGUGCAGAACUUUACCCGCGACAACAAGCAGCUGUUUGCCGGCGUGACGGUGCUACACGAGCCGCAGGAGGACUCUGAGCAGGCCAUGCGCAAGCUGUUCACCGUUGCCAUGGAAACACAGCCCACAACACACGUGCUCUACCACACGUCCGCGGCCCGCCUCAUGAACAGCACGGUGCUUGGUGAGCUGCUUGCGCAGGACCUGCGAGUGGUGUCACCCAUGAUGACGCGGGAGGCGUCGUUCUUCUCCAACUUCUGGGGCGCAGCCACGGGCGACCGAGACGCCCAGUGCUUUGACGACUCGGCGCAGUGCGAGGCGUGGGCGGUGGCCGGCGAGUGCACCAAGAACGAGCCAUACAUGAAGAAGCACUGCCAGCGCAGCUGCGAGGUGUGCCAUGCACAGGGCGCACCGGAGAACAUCAAGUACCGCCGAUCUGCGGACUACAUGUCCAUCAUCAAGGCGGAGCAGACAGGCACGUGGGCGGUGCCGCUCGUCAGCGAAGUCAUCCUCAUGAAGCUAAACGCGUUUAACAUUGUGGUGAAGGCGCUGUCGCAGUUGGAGACACAGCCCGGCAGUCCGCUGCGCUUCGACUUUCCGCUCACCGCGUACCUGCUGGACCAGCUCCGCAGCAGCAAGGUGAAGUUGCAUGUGGACAACCGGCACUUUUACGGGCUGCUGAUCAACCCGGACGGCUUCAACGCAAACUCGGUGCACCCCGACGUGUUUUUGCUUGCAGGCAACGAGCAGCACUGGCGCGACCUGUACAUCCACCCAGACUACGAGCCCUACAAGAAGCUCGAGUUUGUGCAGGGCCGCUGCUGGGACAUUUACAACUUCCCACUCUUCUCUGAACUCUUCUGCGCACACUUUAUCGACGUCUCCGAAGCCGUCGGCACAUGGUCCUCUGGCAGCAACUCGGACGACCGCCUCAAGAGCGGAUAUGAGCCCGUCCCAACGCGCGACAUCCACUUCAACCAGAUGGGCUUCCAGGAGACGUGGACGGCCAUCCUGCGGCGGUUUGUGGCGCCCGUGGCGGAGACGCAGUGGGUUGGAUACAAGCUGGACGGGAGGGUGACGCUCGACUUUGUCGUCAAGUACCAGCCAGAGGGGCAGCCGUUCCUGCGCAAGCACCACGACGCGUCCACGUUCAGCCUCAACGUGGCGCUCAACCGGAUUGGCGAGGACUUUGAAGGCGGCGGCACGCGGUUCACGCGCCAAAACUGCACCGUGCUCACCAACAAGAUGGGGCACGCGCUCAUCCACCCGGGCCGCCUCACGCACCAGCACGAAGGGCUCUACGUCACAAAGGGGACCCGUUACAUUAUUGUCUCCUUUGUCGACCAGGUCUAAGCGAGCAUGGUGGUGGUGGUGGCGACGGUGAGAGGGAGGGGUGAUGCUGCGUUUGUUUGUUGUGUUUGUUACUUUUGUGGCUGUGCACUGUGGUGGCCGCGUGCAUGCCGCGUGCAUGCGACAAGCUUCCGGGGUGGCGCGAUUGCUUGCUGAUGAGAAGCUUGGUUGGCUGGCUGGCUGGCUGGCUGGUUCUGUUGGUUGGAGGAUGGAAAUGAACGCCACCAAUCCAAAAGAAGCACGACCAGCUCAGAGGAUGUGGUUCGACACCAUAAACUGUAGUCCAAUA